AUCAGUCAAACAGGACACACCUGGGUAACAAGAAACACCAGCCAGGCACAUGUUCCAGUAUUUCUGCUCGCCUACUAAUUGGGUGGUCUGAUCCAAAAUGUGCUGUGUUCUAUUUUGUUUAACACAUCUACAUAUAAAUACUAGUAAAUAAAAGCUGAAAUUCUAAACUCCCCUCACAUUUGCAUAGAUCUUUUGAUCUCAAAGCCAAAUGUCUUCAGAUUCUCCAUUUGCAUUUGUUUUGGUUACUCAAAACUCUCUGGAUCAGAUCAGACCAUAAACUCACUGUAACGCUUCUGCGUCAUUUUGUAGGGCUCAUGCCACAUCUGCUAUUAAUAAUACUCCAAAUUAUCGUCUAUUAAAAUGACUGUGAGUUUGUAUGGGGUGUGUUUUUUUUUUAUUUCUAGUGCUACGCUGUUUUUUUGUUUGGCGCACCACACUAAAGUCCUACCGCGUGUUUACGCCUCAAGUGUCCGUCAUUUGUUUUUAGGCUAAUUUGAUGGAAAACCAUUUCGGAUUGUUCUCUAACUCCUUCUCGUUUUGUUUUUUUCUGUCUGUUUGCUGAUUGGAUGUAAAUGUUACGCGCGGGUGCUGACUUUAGCGAGCAAAGCCGUGUAAACUUCAGAAAACUUCUGCGCAGAGAUGAAGUCGUCCCGCUUUAUAUGCGUUGUGCCGGUCCUUCUUUGGACGGUUGAAGGUCUGAUACGAGAAUACAUCCACACUCAGCUUUCUAUGAACUGGAUGGAUGCUCAGAAUUACUGUGCGAACGUGUACAGAGGCCUGGCUGUCGUCACGAGCAAAGAAGAAUACCAAAGGUUGCGGGAGGUCGCAGGAAGCGAUGGUAGCGGCUGGAUCGGGAUGUACAGGAGCAUGAGAAAUUCAAGUGUCUGGCUUUGGAGUGACGGGAAAGAGUACUCUUACUUUCUGUGGAUGACUGGCCAGCCUAACAAUAUCAAUAAAAUUCAAGAUUGUGUUCUGAGCAACCCGAGCGGCUGGAACGAUUACUACUGCUGGGACAUUCUGCCGUUUUACUGUUACAGGUUCAUAAUCUUGGUUGAAGAGAAGAAGACAUGGGAGCUGGCGCUUGAUUACUGCAGGACUCACUACAAGGACAUGGCCUCUCCAGUCUCCGAGAGUCAACUCCAGCUGGCCGAACAGGAGGCCGUGCAGAACCAAAUGGACCGCGUGUGGACAGGGAUGCGCUUCCUGGAUGGAAACUGGUACUGGGUGAACGGAAAACAACUGGACAGCACGGUCUCGAUGCCCCCGUGCCCCGCUUCACCCUACCGCUGUGGAGCUCGUAACGUCAAGACACACGUCUGGGAGAACAGACAGUGCAGCGAGCAGCUUCCUUUCCUCUGUUUCGGGUGAGGUGAGUAACGAACAUCCACAACCACAGAUCAGGAAACAAAAGAUCACAAGACCUUCACCUUCAUUUCCACCUUAAUGAUAUCGAAAAACACACAACACGAACAAUGACACCUGUAUCCUUUUCUCUUUCUCUGAACAGAUGGCUUUGUACGAGCAGGACAGUCUGAAUUUUGCCUGAAGAAGAAACUGAUGCGAGUUACACAGCAUGUCCUGAAGUCAAUUUAUUCCUCUUAUACAACAGCAGUUUGCUAACAAUUCCAUUUCUAUAUUAAUUAUACUCACAGAGGACACAUCAUGCCUUUGAUUCAUUUAUAGUUGCAUUAAAUGUUGUGAAACGUCAUGCCAAACAAAUUCUCUCUUACAUUAUCGCAGCUAUAAACAGUCGUUCCCUCACUAGCCUCUUUUUUUCUCUCUCACGAAAAUUUUUUUUUUUUAAAAACCACGAGAAACCGAAAAUUUUCAACUCUUCUGUCCUGAAGAUGUCAGAAAACGUUACAGAAACCGUAUGAAAAGCAGACUGUUACGAAGCGCUGAACACCUUCUUAAAGAAAACGUCACCAUAUCGACAAUUGUGUGGGUUUUUUUGUUUUUUUUUUAAAUAACAGCCUUAGUCUUAGAGCAUGUGAAUGAGCCGUUACUAUAGAAACGAUAACAUAUUCAUAGGAGUGCAUUAAUAGAAACCUGUGAUUUGCUGCUGCGCUCAUUAAUAGACUAAAUAACACCUUCUGUCCAAUCAGAAUUGAGAACUCGGCAUAUAAACACACAGGGUAAUUAUUGUAAUUAUUUUAGAUUUGGUGCUGGGAACUUUCUAGAAAAAUAAAGUGAUGUAAUAAUAAUAAGAAGAAUAAGAAGAAGAAGAAGACUGUCUUUUAGGUCUUUUGUUGUGGAAUUAAAAGGACUGUAGUACGUAGACAUUUUGAAAAGCCUGUUAUAUUAGAGUGAUGAUGUUUCUGUGCAUUUGACACAUUUUCAUAUGAAAUCCGGUGGUCAGAUACUUCACGUGUAAUAAAAUUGAACUCAUCUGCUUUGAAGGACACCAGGAUUUCUUCGGAUGUUCUUUGUGCCUGGAGCCUUGUUGGUGAAUUUAGAAAUAAAGCUUCUUAAGCUUCAUAAAUGACUUGCUUUACUGUGAUCGUGAUGAUACAGUGUUUAGCCACGCAGAAGUGUACGUGUACGUGAUGACAUCAUGAGCGAUGGAGGUGUAUAUAUAUAUAUGUGUGUUUAUAAGACCCGGAUGAAGCGCGAGUGCAGAGGUGAGCGUAGACUCGGGGACAGAGCGUCCUCUCCAUCAAUAUUUCACCAUCUGAGGAAAGGGUCAUGAAAGAUUCACACACAGGGGACUGAGCGCAUGAAAUCACACCUCCUCCCUCCAUCAUUCCCUCCGUCUGAUUAUCCUUCUCUCUGAGCUGAGCUUUUUAGCUUCUCUCUCUCUCUCCCUCUGUAUCUU